UUGUGUAAUAUAGGUAUUGCAGAAAAGACCAAUACGCGUUUUGUCUUGUUUUUGUGAUGUGCCGUUCUGCUCGCCAGCAGUUUGUGUUUUGUUAAAUGUAAUGUUUUGAUAUUUUUUGUCACAAUAUUUCCACUGACGUUUUAUUUUUGUUGCUGUAUCAUUCAGAAAUGGACAAUGCUGAGUUGUAUGCAGUGUAUAAUUCAAUGCAGAAGAAGGAUACACAGAAAGCUCUUGCAGAGUUUAUGCCCAGAUUCUCCUGGUCUGAAGAUGAAAUGAUCCUUGAUGUUGGAUGUGGACCAGGAGAUGUUACUGCAGAAGUACUCUAUCCUUAUUUGCCAUCUUCAGCCAGACUGGUUGGUGUGGAUAUCAAUCCUAAGAUGGUGGAGUAUGCAAACAAAAAGUAUUCAUCAAGGAGUAUAAACUUUAAACAGUUGGAUUUUUCAACGAAGAAUAUAACUGAAGUCUUUCAUGAAAGGACAUUUUCUAAACUGUUUUCUUUUUACUGCCUACACUGGAUUCAGGAUCAACAACAGACCGCAAAGAACAUUUGGAGCGUGUUGCAGCCUGGUGGACAAUUUUUAAUAUUGAUGUCACCUAAAAACGCAGUGUUCAAAGUGUACCAAAUUAUGAGUCAAAUGGACAAAUGGAAAUCUUAUAUGAAGGACUUGGACGACUUUAUCCCUUAUUUCUACAAUUCAGCUGACCCUUGUGAGGAGAUCAAACACGUGCUGACAAGUCAGGGGCUGGAUGUUCAUGUGUGCGAGGAGAGAUUAGGCACAGUUUCUUUUCCCAACAGGAAAAUACAUAUGCGAUCAAACGAAGCAGUGAACCCCUUUGUCAAAAGAAUGAACCAAGACACUCGGGAACAGUUCAUGGCAAGUUUCGAACAGGUGGUGGAAGAGAACCAACUCUUCAAGGAAACCAUCUCGGGAGAGAUACUGGCCGAAAAUCAUCUAAUAGUUGUAUAUGGAAGGCGCCCGCUCGUGGAAACAUAUGCUGAACCUUUAUAGCAAGAAAAUGUCUUAGUUUAAGAGAAGUACUUUAGGAAUUUUGUUAUUAAAAGUUAUUCAUUUUGUUUAUAUUCAAUUUAAAAAGCAGCCAAUCUCUUGUGUGCAUAUUUUGUUUAACAUUAUAUGCACUGUGAUUGAGAUAUAAUGUGAUAUCAAUACAAAUAAUAUUUGUUCAAGACUGAUAGAAUCAAUUUGCCAAAGACGUAUUAUACUAUUUACAUUAACUUCAAAAGUAAUCUAUAGUUAAUCAGUAUCUAAUUAUUAUACAUGGUGUUAGUUACAUUAAUCUCUGUUACGAUAAUCUCAUUAUAAGCAGCAAAAACUUAAAAUUACACAACAUUCAUAUUCACUACUCAAUAGAUGAAUGAAUUAUAAAUG